AUGACGUAGCUGGACGUGCUCCGUGACAACACGUCAGGUUGCUAGGGUAGUUAGCUGGUGAGCUAGCUGGAGAGCUAGCUGCACCUAGCGGAGCAGAAGAUGCUGUUAGAGAAACAUCCCGGUGUUCUACCCGGCAGAAACACAACCAACAAGGACUCACAGAGAUGAAUCUACUACAUCAGAUACUAUAAAGACCGAACCGGAACCGAGACGACAGGAGACCCCCCCUGCCAUGGCAGCUGGUGUCAGCAUACUGAGUGACCUGCCUUACUCCGCGGGUGACGCUGGCAGUGGAGACAUCAGCACGGAGAUGGAGACAGCAUCCAACGCGAGGGUCCCUACAGCAAAGUACACCAAGAUGGGGGAGACCCUGAGGCACGUGAUCCCGGGUCACAUGCAGUGCUCCAUGGCCUGCGGAGGGAAAGCCUGUAAAUAUGAGAACCCCUCUCGCUGGAGUGAUGAGGAGCAAGCCGUCAAAGGACUCUACUCGUCCUGGAUUACUGACAACUUGCUAGCUAUGGCAAGGCCUUCUACUGAAAUAAUAGAGAAAUAUAAUAUAAUUGAACAGUUCCAAAGGUUUGGUUUGAAGACGAUCAUUAACCUGCAGCGACCCGGAGAACACGCCAGCUGUGGCAACCCGCUGGAGCAGGAGAGCGGGUUCACCUAUCGACCUGAAAUCUUCAUGGAGGCUGGCGUUUAUUACUACAACUUUGGGUGGAAGGAUUAUGGUGUGGCAUCUCUGACUACAAUCCUUGACAUGGUGAAAGUCAUGUCAUUCGCUGUCCAAGAGGGGAAAAUGGCCGUCCACUGCCAUGCCGGUCUUGGAAGAACAGGUGUGUUGUUGGCUUGUUACUUGGUGUUCACGUCCCGGAUGAGCGCCGACCAAGCCAUCCUGUUUGUGCGAGCCAAGAGACCCAACUCCAUCCAGACCCGAGGCCAGCUGCUGUGCGUCAGGGAGUUCGCCCAGUUCCUGGUUCCCCUCCGAAGCGUCUUCUCCUGUGCGGAACCCAAAGCGAGCGCCGUCACCUUGUCCCAGUACCUCACCCGGCAGCGCCACCUGCUGCACGGCUACGAGGCCCGACAGAUGAAGAACUUGCCAAAGAUCGUCCAGCUGGUGUGCCGGCUCCUCGUCGACAUCGCGGCCAACCGACAGGUGGUGAUCGAGGAGGAGUGGCUGGAAAUCCCCGACCUGACGGCCGAGGUGGAGAAGACUGUGUCCCAGCAGGCCCUGCAGCAGCUGGGGAAGGAGAUGAGAGUGAAGGGGAUCCCUGUUCCUCCAUCUCAUCCUCUCAGCCCGCCUGCUCUGCAGUCCAGAUCUCGUCACGAUCAACCUCUCGCCAGUGAUAAUGAGCUGGAUGAGCUGUGGUCGGAGCAGCAUGCAGAAAGCCAUCUGAAGUCCUUCCUGUCCAACAACAGGAGACUCAGUUACAGCGAUUCUGUCCUGGACAAACUGGGACCGCGGCUGCACCAUUUAGAAGAUCUGAAGAGCAACAAACUGAUCCCCUGCCUGAACAAACAUUCCCUUUCUCACAGCAGCCUUACAGCCUGUUUCCCUCCCACAUUGUAUGACCUCUCUCCUCAGGACCACAACACCGAAGACAAGGGAUCCCCCUUAUUGAAGAAGCAGCUACGUAAGGGGCAUCAGAGUUUGUCUUUAGACCUGUCCGAGCAGAGAAGACGAUGUCACUGUGACGCCACGCUGUCGGCCUUAUCGAACAAGAGCAAACUGGUGACCCGCGAGCAGCAGCCAGAUGUGGAUGCGUCAGCGGGCGGAGCUCACAGAGACGAUGUUCCCUUCAUCACCCUCCAGUCGGAGCUCUCCCCAGAGAACAGAAACCUGCUGGUGGCCAGAGCUCUGGCCAUGGACCUGAUAGACAAGGACUUCACCUCCAAGGUCUCAAUGUGGCAGACAGAGCUGAACUCCAGAGAGGGAGCGUGGGAGCGGCUGUGUCUGGAGAGAGAUCCUCUGGUCCUGUCCGGUCUGAUGUGGUCGUGGCUGGAGCAGCUCAAGGAUCCAGUCAUCAGCGGCGAGGACGUGAAAUCCCUCAGCGAGAAGAACGUAAACCCACAGAACGCCCUCGACUCGCUGGAAAAGGGACACAGACUCACUCUGCUGUGUAUCCUCGACUGUGCUGCUCAUCUGCUGCCAAUGCCUGAAGAGGUGGAGACCAGUUUUCUCAACCAAACAAUAAAAGUGUUUACUAAGAUCGACGCUGCCUCAGAGAAGAACGAGUCUUUAUACUCGACACUCAAAGCAAUCCUGACUCCCGUUCUUCAUGAGCUGUGUGACAAAGCUGUGGAGGAGAACAACGAAGACUCCUGAUCCAGCCGCAACAGGACCGGUCCGACAAGAGGAAGACUCAUUAAACUCUCAUCUUUUGGGCAUUAUUGUGUUUUAAGCCAGUUCCAUGCAUCAGAUACUGCUGAGAUCUGCCAAUCUUUUAGUCUUUCAAGAUAUUUGAAAACUAAUUUGAAGAUUUCGCAUUUUGUUUUUCUCUGAAGCUCUUAAUAGACUCUAAGCACUGCCAUUCUCUCUGUUAAUGUGCCACAGUUUGAAAGUUUGUCCUCUGUUCUCCUGUAAUACUUGUGAGGGACUAGAUGUUGCUUUUUAUUAUCAAUGAUAAAGAAAUAAAUGACUGAGAAUCGUCCUCACGAUGUUAAUGUAAUGCUAUUUAAACGUGUAACUCGGCUGUCAAAAGCUGCUGCUCUUAUUUCUUAUUUAAACCAAAAUAUUGUUUUUACACUGUGCAGAUGCUACGACGUGUCUUAUUUAUUCUUCUUAUUUGAAAUGCAGCGAUUUGUUUUAAUAACCCGAUGACGAGUCGUGAGGUUGCUUUGUUUCGUGUAGAAUGUAAAGUGUUUUCUUGAGAGUCAAAUUGUGGCUAUUUGUUAUGGAAAUGCAAAUUCGACCGGCCGCGGUGCGUUUGUUUGUUUUAUCCAAAUCAAGUUUAUGUCCUUAAUUUAAUAUUGCGUGCACCAAAAAAAACCUCAGUUCUCUCCUGAUGUACAUGCAUUCUGCCAAACAUCAAUCUGCCUCCACUGUCGCAUUUAGCAGAAUGCCUCAACUCAACUCUGUGUCAUGCUGCUGUGUGUAACGUCGCCUCGCCUGUGUGUGUGUGUGUGUGUGUGUGUGUGUGUGUGUGUGUGUGUGUGUGUGCGCGCGUGUGUCUGUGUGUGUGUGUGUGUGUGUGUGUGUGGACGUGUGUGUGUGCAUGUAUAGCUGUUGAGUCGAGUCAGUGGACGGCUCUCACCUCAGAUGUCUCAUAUAUAUAUAUAUAUACUAUGUAAUGUAGAUCUGCUGACACAUGCUGAAUGUGGAGCACUGAUGAUAAUAAUAAUAAUAAUAAUAAUAAUAAUAAUAACAUGAAGGACACGAGACGUUGAACUGUGUGGGGGAUUUUCAACAAGCACUAUUUUUUCAUUAUUACAACGGGCUACUUCUUACACAAUUAAACACAACUUACUGCAA